AAAUAGAUGUGUUUUUAGUCAUAUAAAACAACUAUAUUAUUAUGUAACUCGAUCACUUUUAAAGAACUCCAUAAAUUGUCUUUGAUGAUGACGAAAAAAACAUAAAAAAUAUGAAACUUAACGUUACAAUUAAAAAACACAUGUAUUUCGUCUUUUUUCAUCGACUUCAAAACAUUGAUCAAGAUGAGUUAUGAUUGAUUUGUUUGUGUUCUCAUAAAUCUACUUAAAAAUAUUGAUUUUGAAUUAUUAGUAUUGACGAAGAAUGCAUUUGUAUGGAUGUAGACUUCAUUCGUACCUGACAUGUGUAGGAGUUUUAUUUUAACUAUAUGUUAUCUCAUUGCACCUGCCUAGUUUGCAAGUGUUUGAAUUAUUGUCAUGACAACUCAUAUUUGUUGUUCUCUUUCUUGAAAGAUGGCCUGCAAAAGGUACCUCUAGGCAAAGCUAUAGAAACUUUCAAAGUUCAAACGAUUUUAUUAGACGUUAGUGAAAUACCGUUCAGGGAUUUUCGCAUAUGAUCUUAAAAUCUUUCAUAGAUUGACAGGAUAUUGUUUUUGCAAUUUUGCUUUCAAUCGAAAUUGUUUUUUGUAUCAAGUGAUUUUUAUAACUUGAAAUCCUAUCUAUCAUUCCCCACCCGCCCCCAGCCCUCAGUGCAUUUGAAAUUGGUACAUUAAUUAAAAGAAUAGGAUAUUGUUUGCGUUGUGAAAUAUUUUCCGCUACUUAGCUAAUACUUUGAAAAAAUUGUUUGCGGGAUCUGAUUAAUAAGAUUGUACUAUUUUAAACUAUUGUGCGUCAUCGACAACAACGCGUGUUUCUUGUAUAAAUUUUUUAUUUAUGGGAUAUCUCAUCGUAUUAAUACAUCUACUGUGCUUUUGGCUGUUUAGAACAACGAGAAAAACGUUUCACAUCCCAAAAACGAAAAACUGAAAAAUUUCGACCAAGUUUUUCGUUAUAUGUGUAUCAUGAUUAACUUUAAAUAACGACUUUUUUUUUGAUACAGGCGUAAAUAUUUAAAGCCAUUAUUCAUUUUACAUAUGUACGUUCCUCUGCCAUGGUUCCGUACCGGUGUUAAAGCAUUCUCUUAAGCAUUCUCUAAGUAUUUUUUUAACUAUCUAUCUACACGAAUGGUUACAUUCUUUUAAAAAAAUUGAGUUGUACUAAAUUUUUCCAGAUGUAGAUAUCUUGCAGACGUCCAUUUGCUAUCGGUUUAUGAUUCAUAGCAGGUUUUUUCUCAAGCAGCGGACAUCGCCUUGACAACACAGUUCCAUCAGGCCGAGGUAUACUACUUUCUCAUCCCUGCGUCACAGAACUGGCUAAAACCGACGGUCACUUCAAGAAUGUCAAAACCGAUUGAGAUUUUUUCAAUGGCUGAAUUUCGUGGUUGGAGUUUUUAGAUAAAAAAAAAUGGGAUCCGGUAGCUCGAAGAAGCUUUCUCCGCCGUCAUCUGCGAACUGCGCUUUAAAGAACCAAAAGAAAAAUAAAACGUUUCUUUUAAAGACUUUGGAAGGGCACACUGGCGCUAUAAAUGCGAUCUGUAUGUCAAAUGACCAACAGAAGAUUAUAACCGUUUCAGAAGAUCAUACUGGAAGAGUCUGGGAUAUUAAAAUGGAGGAAUGUAUAGGCGUUCUGGAGGGACACACAAGUUACAUAACAAACUGUUGUGUAUCCGACGAUUAUAUUUUUACGGCAUCUGCCGACUGCAAUAUUCGGCAAUGGGACUUAAAAACCUACGAAUGUGUUCGAAUAUUCGAAGGACAUUCAUCGACAGUGAACAAGAUUAUUUACUCACAAGGCUUGCUGUUUUCAGGUUCUUACGAUCGAACAGCACGCUGUUGGGACGUCCAAACGGGAGACUUACUGCGUACAUUUGAGGGUCACAGGCGAAGUCUCUUCCCUAUAUUACUCGUAAGCAACUCCAAAAGACGGCAAACGCACAUCGAUAUAGACAGCAACGAUGGUCUCUUAAUAACCGGAUCGGCAGAUUUUACAGCAAAAUCAUGGGGUAUAAACUCGAACAAGUGUUUGGUUACGUUCAAAAAACAUACAGGAGCCGUUUUGUGUUUGGCUAUCGACUCCAACAACAAGACUUUGUUUACAGGGUCUACUGAUAUGAUUAUAUGCAUGUGGGAUCUUCUUUCUGGUCGACAUCUUCGAAGUUUGAAGGGACAUUAUGCUACAGUUCUCAAUUUACAGGUUCACAACAAACAGCUCUUUUCGUCAAGUUCAGACAAAACUGUACGUUCUUGGUUGGUAGAGUUUGGAGACUGCACAAGGACUUUUAAAGGGCACACUCACACAAUUGGAUGUUUGCUCGUUGAAGAGGGUAUAGUGAUCACUGGCUCAGGUGAUGGGACUGCCAGAGUUUAUAACACGAAAUCUGGUUCGUGUAAAAGAGUUUUCAAGGGACAUUUACAUGGAGUAAAUGCAAUCGUGUUGUGCAAAAGAAAAUUGUUCACGGGGUCCCAUGACAAUACGCUCAGAAUAUGGGAUGCAUCAAAGCUUAGAGAUGACGAAGACGACGAGGAUGAACUUAUUGAGGUCGUGACGUCAAACAGAAAUUCGUCACAGUUGACCAUUUCUUGAUCUCUGAUUUGCUGACUUUCCUUCAUGGCUUCAAAAUUCAUAUAUUACUUUCUUUUGAAAAAGAAAUUCUUUCCUAUGAUGGGGUAAAUCAUACACAAAAAUCGAACUGCAAGCAGAAGGCCUUGUUGAAGGACAUAUGAAGUCAACAUACUUUAGUAUCGUCAGCAAAGAACGUGCAUUGGUGAAGGACAUAUGAAGUCAACAUACUUUAGUAUUGUCAACAAAGAACGUACAUUGUUGAAGGACAUAUGAAGUCAACAUACUUUAGUAUCGUCAACAAAGAACGUACAUUGGUGAAGGACAUAUGAAGUCAACAUACUUUAGUAUCGUCAACAAAGAACGUACAUUGGUGAAGGACAUAUGAAGUCAACAUACUUUGGUAUCGUCAACAAAGAACGUACGUUGGCGAAGGACAUAUGAAGUCAACAUACUUUGGUAUCGUCAACAAAGAACGUACAUUGGUGAAGGACAUAUGAAGUCAACAUACUUUAGUAUCGUCAACAAAGAACGUACAUUGGUGAAGGACAUAUGAAGUCAACAUACUUUAGUAUCGUCAACAAAGAACGUACAUUGUUGAAGGACAUAUGAAGUCAACAUACUUUGGUAUCGUCAACAAAGAACGUACAUUGUUGAAGGACAUAUGAAGUCAACAUACUUUGGUAUCGUCAACAAAGAACGUACAUUGGUGAAGGACAUAUGAAGUCAACAUACUUUAGUAUCGUCAACAAAGAACGUACAUUGUUGAAGGACAUAUGAAGUCAACAUACUUUGGUAUCGUCAACAAAGAACGUACAUUGGUGAAGGACAUAUGAAGUCAACAUACUUUAGUAUCGUCAACAAAGAACGUACAUUGUUGAAGGACAUAUGAAGUCAACAUACUUUGGUAUCGUCAACAAAGAACGUACGCUCGAUUUUUUCUGAGAAAGAAUGAUUUAUUUCUAAUUUGUAGUAAGCACACUAGAAAACUUUUAGGAGUUUCUGUGUAUUUCCUGUGUACUGCAGUCAAUCUUGGAUUAGAAUUACCGUGGCUGCUUUAACAAUUUUCUAAAGGUUGUAUCUAAUUUAGUGUUCCAAAGCUGGGCUAAUUGACUCUUACAAGAAUCUUUCGAGGGCAUUACACAAAGUUGUUUUUCUAUCUUAAUGGGGUUUGUCGAGCAACACAAUUUAUGAUGUUGCAUCGUUUGUCUAUUUUGAGAAGAAACGUCAUCAAAAGUUACCGUUUAUUUUUUAACAACUGUGGAAAAUAGCCACUUUUUUAUAAACUUGCUGUUGCCACUCACAGAAUUUGCAUUGAACAGGCAUUGUAUAAUAACAUAAGACGUUUUUUCUUUUCUGUAUGCUGGUUUUGAACAGUAUAUUUGUUUACUGCAGGCUCUGUGAUGAUAAAAAAAAACGAGGCUAUAGGUUUUUGCAUGACAAUUUUCGGCUCUUCUUGGCUGCUAGUUUUCCUUUUAUUUCAGAAAUAUUAAACUGUUGCACUGCUUUA